AUGUUACUACUUCAAACCAAUGGCAAGGUGGACUCAAAGUUGAUAUUCUGGAAUUCCAUGGGGGUUUUAGCUCCGGAAGAAUUUGUUGAUUGGUUAGCAACGGUUGAAGAAAUCUUGGAUUUCAAGGAAGUGCCCGAAAAUAAGAAAGUUGGGUUGGUUGCAACAAGACUUCGAGGAAGAGCCGGCGCUUGGUGGAAACAACUUAAACAAAUGAGGUUGAGAAGAGGUCAAGCUAAAAUUAAAUCUUGGGAGAAUCUUAAGAAACAUAUGAGGCUUGCAUUUUUACCCCAUAAUUAUACAAGACUUAUCUAUCAACAACUUCAAAAUCUUAAGCAAGGGUCCAAGUUGAUUAAUGACUACACCAAAGAGUUCUAUCAACUGGUUGCAAGGAACGAUAUUAAUGAAACGGAAGAACAACUUCUAGCAAGGUAUAUAGGAGGUUUGAGAAUGCAAUAUCAAGAUUCUUUAAACUUAUUUGAUAUUUAUUCGGUGUCGGAAGCAUAUCAAAGGGCAUUAUCUUUGGAGAAGCAAUACGCAAGGAGAGUUUCACAUACCAAUUGGAGUACUCACACUCAAGGAGGUGUUAAAAAUACUACUUCUCCAAUUCCAACUCAUCGAGCUCCAACUACUAACGUUCCAUCAAAAUCCAAUACUUCUCAACAAGUCUUUCAAGGUAAAUGUAACAAGUGUGGAUAUGAAGGACACAAAGCAUAUGAUUGUAGGAAGAGUGAUCGUCCGGUGAAGAACUUCCUUGUUCAAGGUGAUGAUGAAGGUGAUGCAUAUUUGGACCUUAUGGAGCCACCAAUAUUUGAUAAAGAACCCGACGAAGAAGUGGAAGAAGAGUUUCUCACCGGUGACCAAGGACCAUGUUUGGUUGUGUUGUGUAACUAUUUUACUCCAAAACUCGAUGAGGGUGAUCGAUGGCUACGCCACAACAUUUUUCAAACCACUUGCAUAAUUGGUGGGAAAGUUUGCAAGCUUGUGAUUGAUUCGGGGAGUUGUGAAAAUAUUGUUUCCGAAGAAGUGGUUCGAAAGUUGAAGUUAGAGAUAAAAGACCAUCCUUCUCCAUAUUCUUUAUCAUGGCUUAACCAAGGAAGCGAGGUAAAAGUCACUAAACAUUGUCUCAUUAAUUUUUCUAUUGGUAACAAAUAUGUAGACAAAGUUUGGUGUGAUGUUGUUUUGAUGGAUGCAUGUCAUUUACUUCUUUGGCGCCCUUGGCAAUAUGAUCGGUUUGUGAAUCAUGAUGGGAGAACAAACAACUAUUCUUUCAUGUGGAGCAAUAAGAAGUUGACUCUUGUACCCAAUCGUGAUCUUAUGCCUAAGCCACAAAAUGGUGAUGGUAAAAAUCUACUUACUUAUCAAAAGUUCAUAGAAGAGUUGGAUGAUUCAGAGGUUUUCUAUAUACUUCAUGUUAAAGAAUCUCAAUCGUAUGAUUCUGUGCCACCGCUAGUAAAGCCAAUUAGAGAAGAAUUUCAAGAUGUUUUUCCUACCGACUUACCUGAUGUAUUACCACCAUUACGAGAUGUGCAACACCAAAUUUAUCUAGUACCCGGUUCAAGUCUUCCCGACAAAGCCCACUAUCGGAUGAGUCCCAAAGAACAUGAAGAAUUACGUCGCCAAGUUGAAGAGAUUAUAUCCAAAGGUUUUAUAAGACCGAGUCUUAGCCCUUGUACGGUGCCGUCCUUCAAACUUGAUUUUAAAAAUGGAUAUUAUGAAAUUCGUAUCAAGGUGGGAGAUGAAUGGAAGACUGCUUUCAAGACUAGAGACGGUUUGUAUGAAUGGAUGGUUAUGCCAUUUGGGCUAUCAAAUUCUCCAAGUACAUUUAUGCGAGUAAUGAAUCAAGCACUUCGGCCGUUGAUUGGGAAGUGUGUGGCUGUUUACUUUGAUGACAUACUUGUUUAUAGUCCCAAUAUGGAAUCUCAUAUACGUCACCUCCGUGAGGUUCUCAUGAUUUUGCGGACACAACAAUUUUAUGCUACCUUGAAGAAGUGUGCAUUCAUGACCGAUAAAGUUUUGUUUCUUGGUUAUGUGGUUAGUAAGGAUGGGAUUUCGGUAGAUGAAGAUAAAGUGGAAUGCAUAAGGAAUUGGCCCAAGCCAAAAACUUUGUUUGAUAUUCGAAGUUUUCAUGGGUUAGCUUCUUUUUAUCGUCGGUGCAUUGCAAACUUUAGCAGAAUCAUGGCUCCAAUAACCGAAUGCAUGAAGGGUGGAAAGUAUUCAUGGACUCAAGAAGAAUACGAAGCCUUUGAAUUGAUGAAAAUAAAGUUAAGUACAUAUCCAAUCUUAAUAUUACCAAAUUUUGAUAAACCAUUUGAACUUCAUUGUGAUGCUUCUAAACUAUGCAUUGGGGCGGUUCUUAGUCAAGAAGGGAAACCGGUGACAUUUUAUAGUGAAAAGUUGAAUGGGACAAGACUUUCAUAUAGCACUUACGAAGUUGAGUUUUAUGAUAUUGUUCAAGCACUCAAGCAUUGGAUGCACUAUCUUAUUCACAAUGAGUUCAUUUUAUUUUCGGACCACAUGGAAUUAAAGCACAUCAAUUAUCAAGACAAGCUUUCUACUAGGAAUGGUAAAUGGGCUUCUUAUUUGCAGCAAUUUACUUUUUCCAUCAAGCACAAGUCGGGUGUACAAAACAAGGUAGCGGAUGCCUUGAGUCGACGUACUUCUCUUCUUACACAAAUGAGGGCUUUUAUUUUGGGAUUCGAUGAUAUUCGGGAGCUCUUAAAGAAUGAUACUUAUUUUGGUCCUCUUAUGGUUGAUGAAAGGUCACUCCAAAAUGGUGAUUAUGUUCUUUUCGAUGGGUACCUUUACUGGAAGAAUUGUCUUUGCAUUCCGUAA